AGGUAUAACUAUCCCUGCUAAGCAACGUCUGUUGCUCUUGCUCAAAAUUAUUUAAACGGAAUUGUUAGGGAGCAGUCGCCAGAGAUUUUAUAAUUUCUCAGUCCACGCACAUUGACUGUUCAUCCGUCCCGGCACGCAGAGAUUCGUGUUGUUUCUGGUUUUGGCUUUCGCGUCCGGAGUUGUGUUUUGUGUCACGGGGCUUUGCAGGCUGGUACAGGCAUCUCUGAAGCAAGUUCGUCUCGAGGAAGGAAGGGGGUCGGGAAUCUCGCCGUCAACGGCUUAGAACUGUUUUCCGCCGGUCCGACGCGCGGCUAGUUGGUUUUCAUAGGGAUUUUUGUACAAUCCUCUUGCACCGAAACCAGCAAAGCAUUGGGGUAUUCAUGGACCACACACCUUUUUUCUUGUAGGGUAUUUUGUAAGGGUUUUGUAAUCUUAGACCAAAUAGCUAAGUUUACUUUCAUUUUUUUGCUUGUCAUGUACUCAUAGGUAUGUUUGUUUCACAAUUCUUGUCAUGUACUCAUAGACUAAACUGUAACUCAUAGGUAUGUUUGUUUCACAAUUCUUUUUUCUUUUUUUGCUAAUAGAGAGGAAUGUGGUCUUUGAUUAUAUUUUUUGCUUGUCAUGUACUCAUAGACUAAACUGCAACUCAUAGGUAUGUUUGUUCACAAUUCUUUUGUCUUUUUUUGCUAAUAGAGAGGAAUGUGGUCUUUGAUUAUAUUUGGCUGGUAUCUACUUUUCUACUGCAGCUGGAAAUUGCAAGCAUGGGCUUGCAUUAUUUAUGAUUUUUCUUUUUCUCGUUUUGUUAUCUAGGUCAUGUAUCGCCGCUGCAACUCUUGCAACGAGUUUGAUGUAGUUUGCAAGCGACCUAAUGUUUGCUUGUCAUCUUUUACCAUCAAGAUGGUUGGUGGGUGCGGGGAUCGUGCGGCUGUGCCUCAGUACUUCAAGGAUCGGCUGGACGACUUUGCUCAGAAUUUCCUUGUUUUGAGGGACUACACUGGGUUUAAGUUUGAUGUGUACAUUGAUAGGAGGGAUCACAUUAGCGUCAUGUGUGGUCCCUACUGGAAACUUUUCGCAAAAACACAUCAUCUGAAACCCGGUGACAGUGUUCGUUUCUUUGCUGUGGAGCACGGCACUGCUUUUCAAGCUGUGGUGGAGGGGCAGGUGGAUGUCUUUGGCCAAGAUGCAGCCAUUUUUGGGUUGCCUGAAGUUGGCGACGAUGUGCGUCAUCUGUUCCACUCCAUUGUUUUUACUGACAUCGAUGCGUUACGUGAUGGUGAUGUCAGAAAAAUUCUUGGUGUUUUGGAAAUCUUGCAUGCCUAUGUUGAUUUUCUGCGUGAAUUCAUGGUGCAUAGGAUGACUGAUGUGGACAUGGCGUCUGGAGUUUUUGAAAUUCCUAUGCAGAUUAGGCAUGCACUGAAAAUCCCACAUUCUGGACAUGCUAGUCUAAAUUCUCCUACACUAAUAAGAGAAUCGGUGGCCGUAGAAUACAAAUCUACACUCAAUGGGAGCACUUUUAUUAUUGAUCAAUGGGGAGAGUUCUGCACUCGCGUUGGAAUCAACAACACAAGUGUUCUUUUGGUUGAGUUGGACACUAUGACUGACUACCUGCACCUUCGUUUCUACAUCAUUCAUCCUUGAGGAAGCGGAGGGGAAGUUACUGUAUGGAGACUUUCAUUUGUAGCUUAUUUGGGGUUCUCAGGACAUGUAAUGUGUGUUUCAGUCAUUUAUAUAUGUGUGACCUAGUUUGUGGUGUUGGAUGUGAAAUAAGGGUUUCUUAUAUUUGGUUAGCAUGUGUUUAUGUGUUGGACUUGUUUGUUUUGCCUAGUCAGUGAUGUGUGCCUUUUGAAGUAACUA